AUGCACCGACGGAACAGCAAAGAUCAAGGCCCAUAUCCUAUUCCAUCCAAUUCGACAGGCAAUGGACAGCUACAGUUGGCUGAGGGAGAAACCAUCGACCUUGGCGCCUUCUGUGAAUGGUCGAACCAAAUCGCUGCUCUAGAGCCAAGUUUAGUGGAAGUUUCAGGCCUGACCAACACUACUACCUCUCUACCACCCAGCAUACUAUACAAUAGCUUUUUUCAGCGGUUUGAGCCUAUCCUCGAGAGAUACAACAAUGAAUUCUGCAAGAUCCCAUUAACGUCCGACCUACAGAUGAAUCCAUUUCGAUACCACAAAACCAUCGUUUCAGAACCUAUUUUUCUGGUCCAUGCGGUGAUGGCUUUAGCGGGUCAUCAUGUUGAGAGUCCAUCAGCCCAUAACCAUCGCCACACAGCAUUAAAACUCCUCCGCGAAAGCCUCAACGUGUCCGGUAAUUUGGAAGAUGGCUUCUUCAUGCUCGAUGCAAUUAUCAUCCUAUUCUCCUUUGACGAAACACAAUCCACGCAUGGGUACUGGAGUACACACCUUAAGGGAGCUUAUGCCCUCAUUGAAGCAUAUGGGGGAAUUGAAGCAUGGACCACAUCCGCUAGAGCAGAGGCUCAAAUAGGAUUGCUGUUGUGGUGGGAUGCCAUCACCAGUCUCCUGUCCCGGGAAGAAUGCGUGUUCCCGUACGCAUACGUCGAAGCCAUCCUGUCGAACCCCGAUGAUCGAGAGUGGAAUUUCUUUGAACUCUGCGGGUGUCCACACAGUCUGGUCACGCUGGUCAUACAAGUGGUGCGCCUGGGUGCCGAAAAACGCCAGUCGUCUUCCAUGCGAUACGUGACCUUCGACGCCUUGGCUAUUUCCCAAAUCGAGCAAGAUCUCGAGUCCUGGCACCACAUCUCCCCUGCCGCGUUUGUAGUCGGCAGCGAAGAGGACAUCCAGCAAGAUCAAGAUUGUAUGCACUGUUCAGAGGCAUGGAGACACGGCCUGCUGCUCUAUAUCUACCGAGUGUUUCAAUGGGAGCUAGGAAGCCCAAUUCCAAUGCACGUUGUACGUCGGGCCCGGGUCAUUGUGGAUCAUGUAGUCGCAUGUCGCGACGAGGCUAUGAUUUCCCGGCAGGCGUUGCUGCCGCUCUUCUUCGCGGGCUGCGAGCAACGCGAUCCAUCGACAAGGCAGAAUAUCAUGCAGUACUGCUCGGUGUGGAAUGACCGAACGCGGUAUCAGAUGUUUGGAAGUGCCAUCCCCUUGCUUGAAGAAGUAUGGGCGGAGCAGGGGAUGAAGGGCUUUGAGAACGUGUGGUGGGGGCACAUCGUGGAUCGACGACAUAACUCCACAUCUUGCUAUCCGUUGCAAAUGCGGAUUUGCUUUGGAUGA